GCGGAUAUAGUGAAUGCGGGGUCCGGAGAGCGGAUAUAGUGAAUGCGGGGUCCGGGGAGAGCGGAUAUAGUGAAUGCGGGGUCCGGGGAGAGCGGAUAUAGUGAAUGCGGGGUCCGGGGAGACCGGAUAUAGUGAAUGCAGGGUCCGGGGAGAGCCGGAUAUAGUGAAUGCAGGGUCCGGGGAGACCGGAUAUAGUGAAUGCAGGGUCCGGGGAGACCGGAUAUAGUGAAUGCAGGGUCCGGGGAGACCAGAUAUAGUGAAUGCAGGGGUCCGGGGAGAGCGGAUAUAGUGAAUGCAGGGUCCGGGGAGAGCGGAUAUAGUGAAUGCGGGUUACGGGGAGA